ACACACCGAUGCAUGCAGCAAGCACACAGAAAAGCAAAGCAAAGAGAUAUAGACAAAGCCCUUUUCCUUCAACCCCUCCACCUCCUCCCUCCCUCCCUAGCUAUAUAUGAUCCCCCUCAUGCCCCAAACCUUUCCACAAACACAAGAAGAGCGAUUGCACACACACAGACACAAGCAAGCACAAUGCAGCUUCACCUUUCCACCCCAUAAAGCUUCCCUUGGCACCCCUAUCCCACUAAGGAGCAAAAAGAGAAGAGGGAAAAGGAAGCGAACUAAGCCAAAGGCACCAAGUGCCAAGGCUACGUAUUUAGCUCUACCUAGUAAGGUUAAGCCCUUAAAAAGAAGCAAGUCCCCCACAGAACACUUAUGGCACUCGCAGUCAAGAGCCACCACCAAAUGUUGGCCUCCUCCUCCACCUCGUCGUCCUCCCCUUCCUCCCAACCGCUGCCGCCACCGCCGCCAGCGGCCACCUCCUCUUCCUGCCUUCCGGCCGACCAGCCUUCCCCCGCAAAACGCAAGCGCCGUCCUCCCGGCACGCCAGACCCUGAUGCGGAGGUGGUGGCGCUGUCGCCGCGGACGCUGCUGGAGUCGGACAGGUACGUGUGCGAGAUCUGCGGGCAGGGGUUCCAGCGGGAGCAGAACCUGCAGAUGCACCGGCGCCGCCACAAGGUGCCGUGGCGGCUCGUCAAGCGCGCGGCGACGACUGCGGGGACGACAGACCAGGACGGAGGCGGCGGCGGCACGGCGAGUGCAGGAGGAACAGGAGGAGGAGCGGCAGCAGCGGCGAGCACGGUGCCGCGGAAGCGCGUGUUCGUGUGCCCGGAGCCGAGCUGCCUGCACCACGACCCGGCGCACGCGCUGGGGGACCUGGUCGGGAUCAAGAAGCACUUCCGGCGCAAGCACGGCGGCCGGCGCCAGUGGGUGUGCGCCCGCUGCGCCAAGGGCUACGCCGUCCAGUCCGACUACAAGGCGCACCUCAAGACCUGCGGCACCCGCGGCCACUCCUGCGACUGCGGCCGCGUCUUCUCCCGGGUGGAGAGCUUCAUUGAGCACCAGGACGCGUGCAACUCGGGCCGGAUGCGCGCCGAGGCCGUGCCGUCGACGGUGGCGCUCCCGGUCAUCCGUCCCGCCGUCCUGAGCAGACCUCCGCCGCCGCCGUCUGAGCUCCAGCUGCUCCCGGCGGCCGCGACCAAGCCGCCGCUGGCAGCCACGCCAGUCUUCUCGGCCACCACCCACGCGGCGACGGCAACUACAACGACGAAGCUGGAGCUCUCCAUCGGCAGGGAUGAUCAUGACCACGAGGAAGGGGAAGAGGAGGAGGCGAUGAGGCGGGCCAUGGAGGAGAAGGCUGCCGCGGACGGCGAGCGGGAGCGGGCGCGCGAGGAGGCCGCGGCGGCGGAGCGCGCCCUGGAGGAGGCGCGCCGCGCGCGGCAUCAUGCCAGGGGCGAGCUCGAGGCCGCGUGCGCGCUGCGGGACCACGCCGCGCGGCUGCUCGCGCAGGUCACGUGCCACGCCUGCCGCCAGCAGCGCUCCUUCGCCGACGCCGCCGGCGUGCACGUGGUGGUGUCCAUGGGCGUCGCGGGCGGCGAGGGGCACGGUGGAUCGGCGGCGGCCCGCGAGGCCCUGAUGGUCAGGGCUAGAGGCGGGCUAGGACUCUAGUUGGCAGCCGGCCGCGGCAGCUAGCGUAUGUACGAACGUGUGCAUGUACAACUUUUUAUACGACACGUUUCGAACGUGCAUAGGUACGUACUGCACGCAUGUGCAUGUAACAGGUACUCCGUACGUCUGUAGCGGGUGGUGUACGUAGCUCGAUUCGCUUUAGCCGCGCACCAAGCUUACGUGCGCGGUUUGGAAGGGCCUUUUUCCAUCGGUGAUGUCACUCGUUUAGCGAUGAAUGAAGUGUUUGCAUAAGCAUGCCCCGCUGUCA